AUGAAGUUCAGCAACGUUUUGGCCUUCGCUGCCACCGCGGCCGCUUUCCCCGCCCUCCAGGAAUCUGCCAACGAGGAGCUCGAGGUUCGCGACAUCGAAGCCCGCCAGCGCGGCGGCCGUGUUGGAUCCACCGCCAAGGAGUUCACCGAAGGCGGCUGCAAGGACGUCAUCAUGGUCUUUGCCCGCGGCUCGACCGAGACCGGCAACAUGGGCACGAUCUGCGGCCCUCCCACCGCGAACGCCGUCAAGUCCAACUUCCAGAGCAUGGCCGUCGAGGGUGUCGACUACGCCGCCGGCCUAGCCACCAACACGCUCCCCGGAGGCGCGGACCCGGCGGGCAUCGCGGAGAUGAAGCGCCUGAUCGAGAAGGCCAACACCGAGUGCCCGAACUCGAUGCUGGUCGUCGGCGGCUACAGCCAGGGUGCUGCGGUGACGCACCGGGCCGUGGAGGAUCUGCCCCAGGGGAUGAAGGACCAGAUCGUGGCCGCCUUCAUGUUCGGAGACACCCAGUUCCAGCAGGAGGGAGGCAAGAUCGCCAACUUCCCCGAGGACAAGACGAACAUCAUCUGCGCCAGGGGCGACGCCGUUUGCAGAGGCACGCUCACCAUCUUGCCGGCGCACUUGUCGUAUGGCAGGAAUGCUCAGGAGCAGGCCGAUUUCAUCACACAGAAGCUGACUGCCGCGGGCGCCCAGAGGCGCAAGUAA